AUAACCACUGGACCACAGUGUGGAAUAGAGACAGUAGGCAACGGUCAACCAACAGAAGAAGAGGAAACACAGGAGGAUAUACAUUUAUCUGUUUGUUUUGAUUGUACAAUAAUUUUACUUCAAACGUAGCGAACGUUGUGUGAACAUGCGCAUUCCUUGCCAUUUACAGUAGGUCACUUAAAUAUUCUAAUUAAGCUUUUGAAGAACCAUUACAUCUCUUUAACAGUAAGCCUUCGAAUACAUAUUUUGUUCUGGGUCGUUUUGAUUCAAUGUUGAAAAUGACUGAAGAGCACGAUAAGUCCCUGACGGAACAACCUUGCAGUCCUGCAGGGACCACAAGCUCAAUGUCACAGGACGACUCAGAUUCAGAUGUCCCAUCCUCACCGACGGGAUCAGACGGACACGGCUCCCUGCUCAUGACAGGGAUGAGCAAGAAAAUGGACGGUGAGGAAGACGAACGCUUCCCAGCCUGCAUCCGAGACGCGGUGUCCCAAGUCCUGAAAGGAUACGACUGGUCACUUGUCCCGAUGCCUGUCCGGGGAAACGGAUCGCUGAAAAACAAACCCCAUGUCAAAAGACCUAUGAACGCCUUCAUGGUUUGGGCACAAGCGGCGCGCAGAAAACUAGCGGAUCAGUAUCCCCAUCUCCACAACGCGGAGCUCAGCAAAACCCUUGGAAAACUAUGGCGUUUACUGUCAGAGAACGAAAAGAGGCCGUUUGUGGAGGAAGCGGAGAGGCUGAGGGUGCAGCACAAGAAGGACCAUCCCGACUACAAAUAUCAGCCCCGGCGGCGGAAAAGCGUAAAACCCGGCCAGAGUGACUCUGACUCUGGGGCAGAGUUGAGUCACCAGAUGUAUAAGUCUGAGCCAGGCAUGGCCGGCUUGGGAGGCAUCGGAGAGAACCAUCAUCACCCAGAACAUACGAGCCAUAGUCACGGUCCCCCGACCCCGCCCACCACCCCGAAAACUGAUCUACAUCAUGGAGGAAAACAGGACCUCAAGCAUGAAGGCAGGCGACUCCUGGACCCCGCUAGACAGAACAUCGACUUCAGUAACGUAGACAUAUCCGAGCUUAGCACCGAUGUCAUUAGUAACAUGGAAGCCUUUGACGUCCACGAAUUCGACCAAUAUUUGCCACUAAACGGUCAUGCGGCUUCUGCUUUGCCCCCGGAUCACUGCCAUGGACAAAACUCAGCGGCGAUCGGUUCAUACAAUUCCUCAUACAGUCACCCGGGAGUGAAUGGCCCCGUUUGGAAUCGGAAAAGUGCCACAUCGGCCACAUCCCCGACCGGUACUGAAGCAGGACAACAGCGACCGCACAUUAAAACCGAGCAACUGAGCCCGAAUCACUACAGCGAUCACUCCCACGGCUCCCCUUCCCACGCUGACUUCGGGACGUACAGCGGUCAGUCCUGUGUUACUUCGGCCGCCUCAGCCGCGGGAACCUCAUUCUCCAGCUCUCAGUGUGAUUACGCUGACCUCCAGAGCUCCGGUUACUACAAUCCUUAUUCGGGAUACCCCUCCAGUAUUUACCAAUACCCGUAUUUUCAUUCCUCUCGCCGGGCAUAUGGAAGUCCACUGAUCAACAGCUUGUCCAUGCCGCCCUCGCAUAGUCCCACACAUAACUGGGACCAGCCGGUAUACACAACUCUGUCAAGGCCAUGAACAUCUACCUUGCAGGUGGACUAUCAGCCCAUCACUAACUAAUUCUUACGGACCUUCGGGCGUCUCAUAGUUUUCUGCACUAAUAAAGUAAUAGUUAGAUUGGGUGUUGUGCCAACUAACAGAAAAAAGUAAGAAUAUUAGGAAUAAAAUAUACAAGUGCCUACUGAUUUAUGCAAGGUUUUUCUGUGAAUGUCUUCGACUCCUUUGACUUCUACCGCGGACGUCUUUAUCUUCUAGAUGUGUUUAUACUAAGACAUCGAGAGAAAGUCCUCCAUGAGGACCAUCUUAAAACCAUCAACUCUUCCAGUAGUGCACCUGCGCAUGAGUGUAUGCUAAACUGCGUGAAUUUCGGAAAGAUUGUUCUUUUAAAACGAAACAGACGUUUUUCAUUGCUGUUUGAGUACUGGGACCAGUCAAAUAAAUUCGAGGUUACGUUGAAGUACAUUAAUGGCUAUCAUGCAUGACUUUUCAAACUGUUUUCCUAAGCGAUGUCAGAUCACCCAAAUCAGACUCAACAGUAAUUCGAGAAGUAUUUUUGCUGUUAAAAUGUUCCCUUUUAUAUUCAUGCUUAUUGAUUUUUCCCCCUUUUGUUUCACGUAUAUAUCGCAUUCUUAUCUUACAGCAUUAGAAAGCCUGAUGUAAAUUUUGGAAAGGUAGAUCAGAACCACAUUUCAUUUAUAAAUUUAUUACAAAAAGUACAGAUGUUACGGAUUCUUUGCCGGGAAACCAAGCAGCAGCACAACUCACUUCAUGUCAUUUGAGGCAACAGGUGUCUUUAGCUCUGCUCGUCGAAAUGUGACGGAUGGCGCCUAAAGGAACGGAUGCGGUAGCGCCAUACGCGCUGUGAGUGAUGGGCCAGGUGGACUGAGCGAUCAAUCCGUGCUGAAGCUGACGAAGAACUGUCGCUAUUCACCCUCUUCCCCUUCCCCGUCUUCACCUGAGCACUGUACAGUGGUACAUGCUGUCCCACGAGCAUCCCCCUCCCCACAGUAAAUGCGUAACAUAUGCAAACAUUUCUGAUAAGGACAAAAACCAGAAUUUGAUAGGGCAUUAUGAAAUGAGAUUUUGAUGAAUUAUUGUCCUAUUUAUGCGGUGUCAGAAUAUAUUCGAAUAGAAACCCAGGACCAAAAUAAUCAUCUUGGAGUAAAUUUAAAGAAAUAUAUUGUUAACUGAUGUUUACCCUACCUGGAAAUAAUGGUAUGUUCGUAAAGACGCUAUUGAGUGACACGUUUAUAGGGAAAGACAAUUCCCUGAAUUUUACAUAUUUCUUAUUUCAUAAAUAUAUUAUAUCCUACAUAACGACUGAUUCGAAGAGUAAUACAAAAUGUUCAUUACGGAACUCAAAAUGAACACAAAAUCUAAUAAAAACUAAAAAUCUCA